AUGCGCUCCGCAGUCGCCCUCGCCGCUGUCGUCCUUGCGCUCGGCGCCAACGCUCAGGACCUCUCCGAGGCUAACAAUGUCACGUCCCUCCUGGGGACGUGGUCGUCUGGCAGCGGUUCCGUCUCCACCGGUGGUUCGUUCUGCACUCCCGCAGACAUGACCUUCACUUACCCGAACAAUACCGGUAUCUCGUACUCGUUCACCGAUGACGGCUUCUUUGAGGAGGCCCAGUACCGCUACACAGCCAACGGCACCAACCCCAGCUGUAUCCUUGGCAUGGUCCUCUGGCAGCACGGCACCUACGUGCUCAACACCGACGGAUCCAUGACCCUCAACCCGUUCUCUUCGGACGGCCGUAUCCAAGUGCAGGAUCCAUGUGCCGCCACCACUAACGUCGUCACCUACUAUGACCAAGUGACUACAUUCUCUGACUGGGGAAUCGUCAUCGACGGUGCCACUGCCAACUACGCCCUCAAGCUGAACCGUUUUGACGGCGCCAAGCUUGCUCCUAUGUACCUCAUCGCCCGUCCCCCCAACAUGCUGCCCACCCACACCCUCACCGGUACCAACAGCACUGGGCAGACCUCAUCACGAAAGCGCUCCGUCCGUGCCGAGCUCCCCCACGUCAAGAAGCGUUCCUCGGCGUCGGUCUCGGCCAGCACUGGUAUCCUCAGUGUUGCCGGCUCGGCUCUCGCCGUCGCCGUGCUUGGCCUCUCCAUCUUCUAA